AUGGCGAAUUCAGGAGCAUCCCUUGUGCACGGUUUUGCUUCGAUAGUGGAAAAUGCUCUCAGAAGUAUCGGAGGAGAUUUGGGAGGAUUUCCUUUGCAGGAUUUUUCUUUGGCAGUGGAGAAUGCUUUGAGUAGUAUUGGAGGAGAUUUUGGAGCAUUACCUGUUCAUGGAUUUGCUUCUAUAGUGAACAAUGCGAUGAGAAGUGUUGGAGGAGACUUGGGAGCAAUGCCCGUGCAUGGUUUUGCUUCGGCAGUGGAGAAUGCGAUGAGAAGUACAGGAGGAGAUUUGGGAGCAUUGCUCGUGCAUGGUUUUGCUUCUGCAGUGGAGAAUGCGAUGAGAAGUACUGGAGGCGAUUUUAGAGCCUUGCCCGAGCAUGGUUUUGCUUCGACAGUGGAGAAUGCCAAUGGAGAUUUGGGAAUGUCUCAUUCCCCCGUGCCUGAUUUUCAAUUAUUCAGCCUAGUUGAGCUUGCAGCAGCCACCGACAAUUUCUCAGCGGGCAACAGGAUUUGUGUUGGAAGCUAUAGUGUUGUGUACAUAGGCAAACUCGUUGAUGGUAGUGAGGUUGCAAUAGAAAGGGUAGAAACGGGGUUGAGUAGAACGCCUGAAGAGGCCUUCUGGUGGAGGAGAAUGUCUAGUUCGACCUUUUUGCCCGGUUUACGCCCCAAGAACUUGGUUGGGCUGGUUGGCUUGUGUGUAGAGAAAGAUGAAAGAGUGUUGGUGUACGAGUGCAUGAAGAAUGGAUCGUUGAAUGAUCAUUUACAUGACAAGCGGAUCAAUGUGUUGAAUUCGUGGGAGAUAAGGAUAAAAAUUGCUUUGGAUGCUUCCCGAGGAAUAGAAUAUCUUCAUAAGUAUGGAAUUCCAUAUACUGUUCAUGGAGAUAUCAAGCCUUCCAACAUUCUUCUUGAUGCUACCUGGACGGCAAAGGUGUGUAACUUUGGGAAGGUAGCAGGAAGCAUUGGAUACAUUGAUCCUGAGUACUCAACUUUUGGUGCGUUGACAGAAAAGAGUGAUGUGUAUGGAUUUGGAGUUGUGUUGCUUGAACUUCUAACAGGAAAGAGAGCUGCAUAUGGGCAAAGUAGGAAAAAUAGAGGCACCAUAUUACAUGUACCCUUUGCAGAGGCUGCUAUUUUGGGUGGAGAUUUUGUGAAAAUUUUGGAUACAAGGAUUGGAGAACCCUAUCUCGGUGAAGCAGAGGCUGUGGAGUUAGUGGCUCAUACUGCCAUGAAUUGUGUAAAUGUGGUAGGGAAGUUUAGACCAACCAUUUCUCAAGUUGUGGUCAAUUUGGAGAGGGCUUUAGCUUAUUUCUUGUGCUAG